AUGGCAAGAGAAACAUUAGAAUAUAUUGAUGGUUAUCGAUCAUCUUGUAAAUAUCAUUUGAAUGGAAAUGUUAAUAUUAUUCUUUCAGCUCCACAUGGUGGAAGUUUAAUGCCUGAUAAUGUACCUGAUCGAACAAAUGAUGUUUAUAUUUGUUUGUCAAAUACACAUAAUAAUUGUCAUGAUGAUAAACGUUGUAAAAUAAUCGUUAUAAAAGAUACUCGUACAGAUGAAUUUACUGAAAAUGUAGCAAAUGAAUUAAAUAAAAUAGGAAAUUUAAAACCUUUUGUUAUUAUUGGUAAAUGGAAUCGUAAAAAAGUUGAUUUUAAUCGAGAAAUUCUUCAAGGUACAUUAAAUCAUCCAGAAGCUAUAUCUGCUUAUGAAAAUUAUCAUAUGAAUUUAAAUGAUGCAAUUAAUCAAGUUAAUCAUUUAUUUGGUAAAGGUCUUCUUAUUGAUAUUCAUGGACAUUCUCAAGGAAAUUAUUCAAUGAUUGGAUAUAUGUUAUCAAGUGAUCAAUUAAAUCAAAAUGAUUUAUCAAAUCCAUCAUUUCAAACAUCAAUUGAAUCAUUAUGUGGAUCAAAUCGAAAUGAAUGUAUUCGUGGUCAAACAUCAUUUGGAUCAAUAUUUGAACAACAUGGAUUAGGUGUUACUUAUCCAUCAUUAACAAAUCCUAAACCAGGAUCUCGUGUAUUUUUUCAUGGUGGUUAUAUCAUAAAGAAUUAUUAUUCAAAAAUCAAUGCAAUUCAAAUAGAAUUACCUCAUGAUAUUCGUACUGGAAAAAAUAAACUUAUGAAUGCACAAAAUUUUGCACAAGCUAUUAUUGAAUACAUGAAAACAAACAAUUUAUUACUGACAAAGUAA